ACACCCUCCACACCCGCUCUCGCCAGGGCUUCGUGGCCCGUGGGGGGCAGGUAGCCUCGGGUCCUAGCGUGUAAUCCUGCAGUGUUGCAGCUCGCAUGCUCCUACAACACACCAGGUACCGCCGGGGUGUGUGACUCCACCACUAGGUGUUGCGAGGAGGUGCAGUGUUGACAGUGUUGCUGAUUGGUGUUAACCUGAUGAUCAUUUCAGGGAAUAUUGCAUGUGUUGCAGCAGUUACAUUUGUGGCCACUUCAGCAGUUAAAUGGGACACAGCUCAAGUUAUUCCCAAUUUGUGUUAAAUCAGGAUGACAAGUGGACCAACACAGUAUAACUGUGUCAUUUGAAUGGCAGACUCUUUGCAAGCACGAUGAAUGGGGAGUCAGGGGAAGCAAAUACCCCUGUACGACGAUCGUCUCGGGCAAGAAAGCCAAACUCUCGAUUUGCAGACGAUGAGCUGGAUGGCCGCUUUAAAAAGAUAGUCACUGGUUUGGCUUCUCCCGAGAAUCCCGCUCCCAGUCCUCUGGGCUCCCCCACUGGUCGGCCUAGAAAGGCCAGCCGGAGAAAGGACAGUCGUAGUAGUGAAGACGGAAGUGAAGUGAGGGCUGAAGACAAUGAUGGUGAAAAAAUUGCCAUAAUCAAACUAGACACAUUAGUGGACCAGUCACAAAGUGAGCAAAAUGAUGUGAAAAUUUCUGAACCAGCAGCAGAUGAAAAUGAGCUGCAAGAAAAGUAUGAAAUUGGUGUGCCCUCUGCUGAACCUAGUGCUCAAUUGGAAGUUCUAGUAAAUGGCCUCGAGAGUGGAAGUGAGAAUGAGAAAAGUGCUGAUAGUGUUAUUAAAGUGCAGUCUGAUUGUGAAAAAACUGGUGAGAUGGGAAGGAGAACAAGGAGCAGUGCUAAGAAGGAUGAGGUGGAAGGGCCUCCAAAAGAAAGCAAGAAACGAGGUAGGAAAAAAGGGAAGGGUAAGAAGAGUGGAGAGGGAGAAGAAACCGGUGAAAGUGGCAUCAUAAGCGAGGAUGGAAGUUCAGGCUCUGUAAUGGGAGAUAAACUUGGUGAUAGUGCAGAGCAAACCGGAAGCAGCGACACAAGUGAGCCCUGCGAUGAAGGGAAACAAGAUCUCGAUCAGUGUGGCAAAAGUGUAGGGUCUAAAACUAGUUUUGAGAGUGACAGUAAUAGUUGGGAACCUGUGAGAGAGAACAAAAAUACAAGUGAGUCUGAUCAAAGGGAUAGUGAAACUGAAAUUCAUGUGAAGGACCAAAUGAGUAGUGAAACUAUUGCUUAUGGCCAGAAGUGUAGUGAUAAUGAUGUAAUGGAUAAAGUUGUUUGUGAAAGUGAUAUAGGUAAUAAAAUUGAUAGUGAAUCUGGCAUUUAUAACAAAAGUAGCAGCAACUCUGCUGAAAGUGUUCAAAGUGACCGUUUAAGUGGUGGUGAAAUACUGGUAGGAAAUAGUGGAGUGAGUGAAUGCGUCCCUGAGAGAGAAAUUUUUGACAAAGAAAAGUACAUAAAGUCACCCCAGAAGGAUAAGAGUGUUUGUAGAAGAGGCGAGAUGGACUCUGUUAAAGAACUUGGUGUGUUAGUUGAAGAUAAAGAAGCAGGUCUUACAAACGGUGAUAUUUAUCUUGAAGACAGUAGUUUACCUACCUCCCCCAAAAGUAGCUCAAGUGUGUAUUCUGUGACUGUAGGUUAUUGUGAAGGUAGAGCUCCAGAACCCUUGGUGAUUGGCUGUCACAAGAAAGAAAUGGGGUCCAAGGAUGUGAUCCACCUCAGCACAUCUCAAACUGACUCUUUGGAUGAAGAAAGUGGGGAGUCUGUUAUUGCCAAACUGGAAAAAGUGAAAACUAUUAAGAAUUUAAAGUCACCCAGAGGAAAGAAAAGGCUGUUAAAUGAAGACAGUACGGACUCCACAGACAGUGAUGGUCCUGCUCCCUCCAGACGUAGGGGACGCAGCUCCUCAUCUGUCUUGAGUAAGGGAUUUGAGGAAGGAACUACAAAUUACCAUGAGCCUCUUAAUAAAUUGGAAGUCUUAGACCCUGCUGUUAUAAAAGCAUCUACCUUGAAAGAUGAAUAUGUAGCACAAGAACCUAGUACUGCUACUAAAGUUGGUGAUAAAUUAUGCAAAAGAUCUAGUAAAAGAUUUCCAGCUUGCCAGAGAGAAUUGCAGAGCUCAUCUGAUGAAUCUAGAAUUAGAUUUGAUCAAGUUGUGGAAACGGAAAAUAAACCCACAAAAGUAGAAUCAACAACCAUGGCCAUGGAAGCAAAGCUGGUAAAUAAAACUAUAGAAACUGAAUUUAAAAAGGGAACUGCAGAAACUGAUUCAGGAAACAAAACUAUGGAAAUAGAAUCAGAAACCAAAAAUGUUAAUGUAGAAUCAGAAAAGAAAACUGUAUUAACAGGUCUGAAAAAGAAAACAGCGGAAGUAAAAUGUGGAAACAAGACUGUCGGUUCUGAAUUGGGAAACAAAUCUGUGGAGAUGAAAUUAGAAAGCAAAUCUGUAGAUCCUGAAGUAGGAACGAUAUCAAUAGAAUCAGAAUUGGGAAAGAAAACACUGGGGAGAGAAUCAGUUAAGAAGGCACUUGGAACCAAACCAGUAAAGAAGGCACUGGGAAUAGAACCAGUGAAGAAGGCACUAGGAACAGAACCAGAAAAGAAGGCACUGGGAACAGAACCAGAAAAUAAGUCAUUGGGAAUAGAACCAGUAAAGAAGGCACCGGCAACAGAACCCGUAAAGACGGCACCGGCAACAGAACCAGUAAAGAUGGCACCAGCAACAGAGCCAGUAAAGAAGGCACCAGCAACAGAGCCAGUGAAAAAGGCAUCGGCAACAGAGCCAGUAAAGAAGGCACCAGCAACAGAGCCAGUGAAAAAGGCACUGGCAACAGAGCCAGUAAAGAAGGCACCGGCAACAGAACCAGUAAAGAAGGCACCGGCAACAGAACCAGUGAAGAAGGCACCGGCAACAGAACCAGUAAAGAAGGCACCGGCAACAGAGCCAGUGAAAAAGGCACUGGCAACAGAGCCAGUAAAGAAGGCACCGGCAACAGAGCCAAUAGAGAAGGCACCGGCAACAGAGCCAAUAGAGAAGGCACCGGCAACAGAGCCAGUAAAGAAGGCACCGGCAACAGAGCCAGUAAAGAAGGCACCAGCAACAGAGCCAGUGAAAAAGGCACUGGCAACAGAGCCAGUAAAGAAGGCAUCGGCAACAGAACCAGUAGAGAAGGCACCGGCAACAGAGCCAGGGAAGAAGGCACCAGCAACAGAGCCAGUAAAGAAGGCACCGGCAACAGAACCAGUAAAGAAGGCAACGGAACCAGUAAAGAAGGCACUGGCAACAGAGCCAGUAAAGAAGGCACUGGCAACAGAGCCAGUAGAGAAGGCACCAGCAACAGAGCCAGUAGAGAAGGCACCAGCAACAGAGCCAGUAGAGAAGGUAACGGAACCAGUAAAGAAGGCACCAGCAACGGAACCAGUAAAGAAGGCACCGGCAACAAAGCCAAUAAAGAAGACUCCGGCAACAAAGCCAGUAAAGAAGGCACCGGCAACAGAGCCAGUAGAGAAGGUAACGGAACCAGUAAAGAAGGCACCAGCAACGGAACCAGUAAAGAAGGCACCGGCAACAAAGCCAAUAAAGAAGACUCCGGCAACAGAGCCAGUAAAGAAGGCACCGGCAACAGAGCCAGUAAAGAAGGCACCGGCAACAGAGCCAAUAGAGAAGGCACCGGCAACAGAGCCAAUAGAGAAGGCACCGGCAACAGAGCCAGUAAAGAAGGCACCGGCAACAGAGCCAGUAAAGAAGGCACCGGCAACAGAGCCAAUAGAGAAGGCACCGGCAACAGAGCCAAUAGAGAAGGCACCGGCAACAGAGCCAAUAGAGAAGGCACCGGCAACAGAGCCAGUAAAGAAGGCACCGGCAACAGAGCCAGUAAAGAAGGCACCGGCAACAGAGCCAGUAAAGAAGGCACCGGCAACAGAGCCAGUAAAGAAGGCACCGGCAACAGAGCCAGUAGAGAAGGCACCGGCAACAGAGCCAGUAGAGAAGGCACCGACAACAGAGCCAGUAAAGAAGGCACCAGCAACAGAGCCAGUAAAGAAGGCACUGGCAACUGAGCCAGUAAAGAAGGCACCGGCAACUGAGCCAGUAGAGAAGGCACCGGCAACAGAACCAAUAAAGAAGGCGCCAGCAACAGGACCAUUAAAGAAGGCACCGGCAACAGAACCAGUAAAGAAGGCACCGGCAACAGAACCAGUAAAGAAGGCACCGGCAACAGAACCAGUAAAGAAGGCACCGGCAACAGAGCCAGUAAAGAAGGUGCCAGCAACAGGACCAGUAAAGAAGGCACCAGCAGCAGGACCAGUAAAGAAGGCACCAGCAACAGGACCGGUAAAGAAGACACCGGCAACAAAGCCAGUAGAGAAGGCACCGGCAACAGAGCCAAUAGAGAAGGCACCGGCAACAGAACCAGUAAAGAAGGCACCAGCAACAGAACCAGUAAAGAAGACACCGGCAACAGAGCCAAUAGAGAAGGCACCGGCAACAGAGCCAAUAGAGAAGGCACCGGCAACUGAGCCAGUAAAGAAGGCACCGGCAACAGAACCAGUAAAGAAGGCACCGGCAACAGAACCAGUAAAGAAGGCACCGCCAACAGAGCCAAUAGAGAAGGCACCGGCAACAGAACCAGUAAAGAAGGCACCGGCAACAGAACCAGUAAAGAAGGCACCGGCAACAGAGCCAAUAGAGAAGGCACCGGCAACAGAACCAGUAAAGAAGGCACCGGCAACAGAACCAGUAAAGAAGGCACCGGCAACAGAACCAGUAGAGAAGGCACCGGCAACAGAACCAGUAAAGAAGGCACCGGCAAUAGUGCCAAUAGAGAAGGCACCGGCAACAGAACCAGUAAAGAAGGCACUGGGAACACCAGUAAAGAAGGCACUGGGAACACCAGUAAAGAAGGCACUGGGAACACCAGUAAAGAAGGCACUGGGAACACCAGUGAAGAAGGCACUGGGAACACCAGUGAAGAAGGCACUGGUAACGGAACCAGUAAAGAUGACACAGGAAACAGAUCCAGCAAAGAAGGCAGUAGAAACAGAACCAGUAAAGAAGGCACUAGGAACACCGGUAAAGAAGGCACUGGAAACAGAAUCAGUAAAGAAGGCACAAGGAACACCAGUAAAGAAGUCACUGGGAACACCAGUAAAGAAGGCACUGGCAACAUUACCAGUAAAGAAGGCACUGGAAACGGAGCCAGUAAAGAAGGCACUGGAAACGGAGCCAGUAAAGAAGGCACUGGAAACGGAGCCAGUAAAGAAGGCACUGGAAACGGAGCCAGUAAAGAAGGCACUGGAAACGGAGCCAGUAAAGAAGGCACUGGAAACGGAGCCAGUAAAGAAGGCACUGGAAACUGAGCCAGUAAAGAAGGCACUGGAAACGGAGCCAGUAAAGAAGGCACUGGAAACGGAACCAGUACAGAAGGCACUGGAAACGGAACCAAUGAAGAAGGCACUGGAAACGGAACCAGGAAAGAAGGCUCCAGCAAAAGAACCAGUAAAGAAGGCACCACCAAAAGAACCAGUAAAGAAGACUCCAGCAAAAGUACUAGUAAAGAAGACACUGGUGACUGAACCAGAAAAGAAGGCACUGGGAACAGAACCCGAAAAGAAGGCACUGGGAACAGACCCAGAAAAGAAGGCACUGGAAACAGAACUCGAAAAGAAGGCACUGGGAACAGACCCAGAAAAGAAGGCACUGGGAACAGACCCAGAAAAGAAGGCACUGGGAACAGACCCAGAAAAGAAGGCACUGGGAACAGAACCCGAAAAGAAGGCACUGGGAACACAGCCAGAAAAGAAGGCACUGGGAACAGAACCGGAAAAGAAGGCACUGGGAACAGAACUGGAAAAGAAGGCACUGGGAACAGAACCGGAAAAGAAGGCACUGGGAACAGAACCCGAAAAGAAGGCACUGGGAACAGAACCCGAAAAGAAAGCACUGGGAACAGACCCAGAAAAGAAGGCACUGGGAACAGAACCCGAAAAUAAGGCACUGGGAACACAGCCAGAAAAGAAGGCACUGGGAACAGAACCGGAAAAGAAGGCACUGGGAACUGAACCUGAAAAGGUGCUGGAAACAGAACCUGAAAAGGUGGUGCUGGAAACCAAACCAAAAAAGAAGGCACUGGGAGCAGAACUCGGGAAGAUGGUGCAUGGAACAGAACCAGAAAAGAAAGCACUAGGAGCAGAACCAGGUACCCAAACUUUUGAAGCAGGAUCAGGCAACAAAUGUCUGCAAGCAGAGUCGGAAAAUAAACCAUUAGAAACAGAAUCAGGAAGGAAGACACUAGAGUCUGUGUUUGGAAAGAAAACCUUGGAAAUAGAAACUGGGAGCAAAGCAUUGGAAAUAGAUUUCAGAGACACAAACGUGGAAGCAGUUUCAGGAAAGAAAUCUGGGGAGGCAGUUUCAGAAAGUCAAACUAUUAAGACAGAAAUGGAAAACAAAACUAAAGGUAAGAGAUUGCGAGAGAGUAUCGAGACGCACAAGAGCGAAGACAAUGUUGAUAUGUUGAGCUCAUUGCCUGACUGUCUUCUAUCUCCCAAGACAAAAAAGAGACGAGAGUGUGACUCAAAAACUGAAUCAGAUAACACAGUCUCUGAUUCUGAAGAUGGUCAGAAGAGAAAAUGGCCCUUUGAAGUCAAAUAUGAUGAUGAUGAUUUAAGAAAAAGAAGAAAAACUGAUGAAUACCAAGGAGAUAGAGGGAAUGUGUUGAAAGAAGGCAAAAGUGUGUGUAAUGUUUAUAAAGGCUCACAGACUGUGGAUUAUAUCCAUACUUUAGAUAUACCUCUUCCCCCCGAUGAAUAUCCCAAAAAGAAAGGAAAGUCAUCUGUUCCCUCUAAAAAGGGGGCAAGUCUUGUACCAGAAUGUCCCAAAUCUGACACUGGGCCAAACACAUCAAAAAGUGCUAAUCUCAUUUUAUCUCCAAAGAUUCAUGAAAGUACUUUUAUGGCUCCUGGGGAUGAACAACAUCUUCAUUUUUCAUCUCCAGAGAAGACGAAGGGCUUUUCAAAAGAAACUAGCGAGUCGAGUUUGCUUAAAUAUGAUUUCAGUACCAAAGUCUCUUCUAAAGAUGAAUUCAGCGAUAACAAUUUUGAUUCAAAUAUUGCAAACAUUUUUAUGCAGACCUCUUCAAUGGAUUCAUCAACAAUUCCAUUGCUAGGUGAUGGAACUGAUCUUAAUAUUUCAUCCUCAGAAAUACCAGCUUUGACAGCAAGAUCUGACCAUAUUGAAGGACUUAUAAACUUUUCUGCAAAUCUCAGCACAACGAGGUAUGAGGAGAUUCUCUGUGAGGACAGCCCAAGAACUUCAUCAGGCAGGCUGGACUCUAACCUGCGAAGUGCCAAGUCAAAAAUUUGUUAUUCUGACAUUGAAAUGUCUGGCUUAGGUGAACCUGACAAAAGUCGAAGUGCUGAUGGCAGUAGUUUAAUGAAGGAGGAAGGAGUUGAAGAUGUGACAACAUAUCUAGGUGUAAGCUUGGUGGCAGAAGCUCUUGACAAUAAGGAGAAUCUUGAACCAAAGCAUGUAGCUGGUAGUAGUGGAAGCAAGGUUGAAGAAGUCCAUCUUACAGGUGAAGAAUCAAAAAUGGAAGUUAUUUCUCCUGAAAGCAAAGUUCAAGUCAGUAUCACCAAUGAUAAUCUUGACCUGAGAGAGAACAUUAUUGGAAGCAAGGUUGAAGAAAUACAUCCAACUAGUGAGGAAAUGGUGGAACUUGCAAAGAAACAACAAUUUGAUCUUAUCGAGAGAGAAAUGAGGAACAAGCUAGUUGUAGAAGAGCGGAUGAAAAGCUUCCAGCACCUCAGAGAGAAUCUGUACAUUGGAGAAAGGAGGAAGACUAAACGAAGCAAGGAGGUGCGCCGCAUGGUUUGCGAUUGCUCCCUUACCAAGGAGGAGCUUGAGCGGGGAGAAGUUGGCUGCGGAGAAGACUGCCUCAACAGGUUGCUCAUGAUUGAAUGUGGUUCACGGUGUCCAUUGAGAGACAGAUGUACUAACAAAAGGUUCCAGAAUUUCCAGUAUGGAAAUGUUGAGGUGUUCAACGCCGUCGAGAAAGGGUGUGGUGUCCGAGCGCGCACUCCCCUGGCACCGGGGAGCUUCAUAAUGGAAUAUGUCGGAGAGGUAUUCGACACCAAGGAGUUCAAAAAACGAAGGAAGGAAUAUGCUCGUGAACUCAAUGCACAUUUCUACUUUAUGGCUCUCAAGUCAGAUCAGCUCAUCGACGCAACGCGCAAGGGAAACAUUUCACGGUUUAUCAAUCAUUCCUGCGAUCCUAAUGCAGAGACACAAAAGUGGACUGUAAAUGGAGAACUGAGAAUUGGUUUCUUCACCAAAAAGUUCAUAGAUGCUGGUGAAGAGAUCAAUUUUGACUAUCGACUUGAGCGAUAUGGGCGAGAGCCACAGAGGUGUUUUUGUGGCACUCCUUUGUGUCGAGGAUGGCUGGGGGAAUCUCCAGAUGAGAAAACCAAGGAAGAGAAAGAUGAGGAAAGGAGGAAAGAGGAAAGAGAUAGGAGGAAGAGGGAAGAAAAAAGGUCCUACUUUGAGGAUAUUGAUCUGGGAGACGAGAUAGAAAAGCUGAACACUCACAGAUUGAGAAAUCGGCAAGACACGCUGAACCUGUCACGAUUGAUGGUCCGUGUUGAAGACUUCGGCUCUCGAGUCAUGCUAUUACAGUUGCUUCAGACUGGGGAGCCAGCGUGCAGGAGACUGUUCCUUGACUAUCAUGGGUUAAAGGUUCUUUGGUCUUGGAUGGCAGACCUAGGAAACACUCAAGAACAUAUAGCACUAAAAAUUGAGAUUCUAAAGACGUUGGAAUGCUUACCCAUCACCAACAAGACCCAGCUCACAGACAGCAGAGUGUUGGCACUUGUAGAGCGCUGGAGCAUCCAGGUGUUCGACACUUCCUCCACACAGUCCCCACCACCACCCCCUCCACCCAAGUCUGACCUGAGUACCACCUCUCUAUCCUCAGACUCAGAGUCCAACAAGAAAGCAAGUGACACCAGUGAAGAGUCUGACAGUGAGAUGGAAACCAAAGCUAUUCCAAACUGUAUUGAGGGAUCAAGUGCAGAUGACAGUAGUCUUGACUCAGAAGUGGAACAACCAUCAUUAAAUGCCAAUAAAAUGGUGGAAGGUACCAUGGCUGAAGAGGAGAGCAGCGACUCCAGUCAGAGUGAUGGGAAAGAGAACCCUACACUUCGCAGGAAAGAGAAUGGGAAGAGAUCGGCAGUGGAACCAGGAGAGGACGACAAAGCGGUGGUAGACCAGAAGUUGCUAAAUAAAGAAAAGGAGGCCCAAGAAACAUUGGAACUACAUAGGACUAUGGUUGCAUUGGCACUGAAGCUAUUAGACUUGUGGAAAAACCUGAAAGAGUUCUUCCGCAUUCCCAAGAAGGAACGCAUCGAGCUGAUGAAAGAGCACGAGCGUGAGGUUGACAGAGGCUACAAGGAAUACCUUGACAGAGAACAAGAUGAUGAUCUUGAUAGACGGGAUAAAGAUAGAUUUGGUAUUCUCUUUUCGCAAAGGUACAACAGGCGGGAUACCUAUUAUGAUCGACGCAGACGCUCCCCCGAUCGGGACCGAGACCGAGACAGGGACCGACACCGGCGAGGUGGGAACAGGAGUGACCGGGAAGUAAGGGAAGACAGACUGUCAGAUUCUCCAAAGAUGUCCAAAGAACAAAGAAGACAGCUAUUUGCACUGAAGGUUCAACAAGAGGAGGAGGAAGCUAAACAGCGAAAGAUGCAGGAAGAGAUGUGGGCGAUGCAUGUAGACCGAUGUCGUCUCCUGGGUCAUGACCCUUACUUGACACCUAUUUUUGACCCAACAUACCAAUACUAUUGGGACCCCGUUGCUGCAACAUGGCAGCCCUACAAUGGCUCUGAUCCCAACAUCCCUGUGCCAGCAGCAUAUGGUCAGCAUAAGGGUGAUAGUGAUGGUGGGUCACCAUUAUUGAUGAUGUCAGGACAGUCUCAGCCCCUACCUGGCCAUCUUGCUCCAGAUGGUGAACCUGCUACCCCAGGCCAUGGCGGACCAGAUGAUCCACUCAAUCCUGCAAACAUUCCAUUGCCUGGUGAAAUUUCUUGUUUGUCCCAAGCAUCACCAUCCCAACCCCUGCCUGGACAAGCUGUACCAUGUGAAGGCACACCUCCACAAGGCGCCAAGGUUCUUUCCAUCCCUCUUCCUGGAGAAGCUCCCUCAAGUAUGGCCUUGGACCCAAGCACAACGCCUUUGUCAGGAAUUGAGAGGGAAGAAGGCACUCCUCCCCCUCCACCACCAGGACCCAUCACUAUCCAGUUACCACCGCGUUGGAAGAUAGCUCGAGACUCGGAGGGACACGUGUAUUUCUACCACAUAAAGACAAGGACUAGCCAGUGGGAGCCACCUACCCUUGAACAGCACCAGCAGUUGGAGGCAGAACUUGGGUCAGACUCAGACUCUGAUUCUUCGUCCUCUGAUGAUUCGGACUCGACAAGUACCAGUGAUAGCGAAGACUUCUCAAGUGAUGAGGAGGAGGAGGAGGUAGUGGUGACGGUGGAGAGAAGUGGGGUGUCAGAUGAGAAGAUGAUCAGACGCGUGCGAGGCAAGAGGCGUCGGUCAGAUGCACUGGUGCAGGAACGUGUUAUAAGCCCAAUUCUGGAAAUUGACCGUGAACAAGCCAGACGAGAACGUCGGGAGGCCAAGGAGCGUGCCAGGGAAGAGGCUCGUCAAGAGAGACAAGAGGAACGGCAAGGGCGUAACCAGAAGGACUGCUCAGAAUUUGUGGAGAUCUCAGACCCACUGGAGAGCAUUGACAGAUUGGAACAUCCAGCAACUAGCGAGAAUGCUGAUAAAAUUGAGCAAUCGGAUAGAAUAGAGCGCCCGGAGAGAAUAGAGCGUUCAGAGAGAGCAGAUCGUUCAGAUAGAGACGAGCUUCCAGAGAAAGCGGAGCGUCCAGAAAGAUUUGAGCUUCCAGAGAGAAGUGCACGUCUAGAUAGAACCGAGCGUCCAGAGAGAAUUGAACGUCCAGAGAGAUUUGAGCUUCCAGAGAGAAGUGCACGAAGUGAACGCCUCCAGAGAAGUGAACGUCACGAGGCAAGAAUCAAGAGAGAGAAGGUAAAGAGUAAGGAGCGAGCUGCUACAGCAAUUGCGGAUAAUAGUGACAAUGGUAGAAGAAUUAAGGAUACCUUCAGAUCCAAAAUGGCCACCUUCAUCGUCAACGUGUUAAACCCCUACAGGCGCGGAGACUGCAAAGAGGGCAAAAUUACAUGUACAGAAGAUUUUAAGUACCUGGCACGAAAGCUCACUCAUUUUGUAAUGGUGAAGGAAUUGAAGCAGCUUCACAGCAUAGAUGCCCUGGAAUGUAGUGAUAGCGUUAAGCAUAAAACUAGGGACUUUGUUCGUAAAUACAUGAGUAAAUAUGGAUCAAUCUUUAGAAGGGAUCCCAACGACACUAAGGAGUACUAGCUUCUUUGGUAAUGUGUCAAACAUGUCCCAUUGUUAGCUUUCACUCUCGCUCUGAGAUAACAAAAAAAAAAAAUUUGGUUAGGUAGUGUGAUUUACAAAACACGAGAGAUCCAUUUUAAAUAUUUUUCCUAUGGUUGAAGCCGACGUGACUUUAAUUUAUACUUUACAUUUCACAGUGUUUACAACCAAUUGUGGUUCAUUUUAAACACCAGUAUGUAGAAUAUAUUGUAAAAGUGAAAUCAAUCUUAUUGUUACAGUGAACAAUGUACAACUUGAGCCACAUAUAUUGAGGACAGUGAACUGUGUAUAAAUGUGGCUGUAAGGUGGAAAGUAAAGACAGAUACUGUACCGUUACAUGGAAGACUGUUCUUUGAUCCAAAAUGGUGACUGUGCUUAGGUGAUUUAAGCCAGUUUUUGCGAGUGACACGUUAAGAGCAGUGCUACAUUUCAAAAUAAUAUAAAUGGAAUCUGAAAAAUAUUUUGUUCAAAAAGUUUACCAAAUUUCAUCAUACAUAUGUCAACAUUUUUUAAAUGACUCAUUAAAAACACUUUAUUAGUGAGCUACAUAUGUUCAUUUUAUUGGAUAUAAGAAAUAUUUGCAAAUAAGAAGUGUUAAAAGGCUUUUAAUAUAAAUUUAAUGCAAGUUGACUGAAAUUUAAAACAAUGUUGCUGUGUAAAAGUUGAUGGCAAGUGUGUUAUUGGCUGUUGUUAUUGACCAGAAAAUCAAAGAAAAAUUGUUUUAACAGAAUGGGAAGUGACGUGAGACUGAAACAUUUGAACAGAAUUGGUAACAUGAAGCACAUCAAUAAUUGAACAGAAUUAGAAGUGAAAUGGUGGGAACCAGAAGCACAUGGUGUAGAGUAAAUGCUGACUUAUCAUGGUUAUAUAUAUACAAAAAAUGUCCAUCAAAUGGCUUGUGUUUUUUUUUCUUGUAAAAUGAACUGAUUUUAUGAAAGAAAGAUUAAAAGUGUCACUGCCGCAGACGUGUGUAAUUAUCCCACCAGUGAGAUUGGCCAGAUUUCUGCUUCAUCGCUCACCUCACAUCCUUGACUCAUUGUGUUUCUUUAGAAAUCAUUGACAAAAAGCUGUAACUAACGGUUAGGAAUUGUAAAUGCUAUUCUUAGAACCCAUCAUCCUGUUUUUAUAUUUUUUAGUUCCAUAUGCAGGGUAAAGGCUUUGAUUAGAGCCUAAGGUGUAUGUUUUAUCCAGCAUUUUGUAUAUUAACAAACCAUCCCACAAACUACAUAAUUUAAAUAAUAUAUAAAACUUGUGUAUAUACACCCUUGUACAGGUUCAUUAAUAUUGUAAUUGAAACAGCUGUAUUUUGAAACAUCUAUGUUUUAAUUUUUUACUCCCUUAUAUUUGAUGUUGAAAUUUUGUACCUUUAGUAUAGAGGUUAUUGUUGUGUUUCUCAACUAAUGAUUUAGUUUUGUUUGUGUGUGUAAUGUAUUCUUAGGAAUACAUUUGCCCUUGUGAUGAUAUUAGUGUGUAGGUAAAUAGGCAGAUAUAGGACUGAAUGUACAAAAAUCCAGGCACUGGAAUGGAUAAAAUUAUGCUGUAUAAUA